UGAAUUAGUCGGUUUCAGAGUCUAUUAUCAAGUUUUCCAAGGCAACUCUAAUACAUUGACAUAUAGAAACAAUUUAGGUACGGUCUGCUACAUGUCCCCACAUCCACGUGACACUGUUUUCUCAAACUCUUGUUUCUCUUUUCCACACUCAAAAAUCUUCAACCAUAAAUAAAACCCUCUCUCAUUCAACAAUCACCACACACCAUCAUUCAACACAUUCAAAAGUUUCAAUUUACAAGAGAGAAAAAAACACAAAAACACAACAAUGGCCAUUAGAAAAUCCAACAAGCUACCUCAACCUGAUGUUCUCAUCAAGCAAAUUCUUAAAAGAUGUUCAAGCUUUGGCAAAAAACAGGGUUACAAUGAAGAGGGUCAUCCUGAAGAUGUACCAAAAGGUCACUUUGUUGUUUACGUUGGAGAAAACAGAACAAGAUAUAUUGUUCCUAUUUCAUGGCUGCCUCAUCCACAGUUUCAAUGUUUGCUUCAAAUAGCUGAGGAAGAAUUUGGAUUCAAUCAUGACAUGGGACUUACAAUUCCUUGUGAUGAAGUUGUUUUUGAGUAUCUUACUUCCUUGAUCAGAUAAAAAAUAUGGUUUUAAACUGCGGUCUACAACUGCAAUAUAUAGAAUUUUGAGGUUUCUACAUUUCGCUACACUACGAAAGUCUGGAAUGUAACUGCAACCGCAACCUCAACCGCGAGUACUCCUUAAAACCAUGAUGAAGGAAGGGUUUGACACAUUUGAUCAUAGUGAGGUUUAUCUAUAUAAAUCCCUUUGGCAAGUGGUGGUUUCUGAGUUUGACUAAGGAAAUAUUAACACUUCUACUUUUUUUCUUUUCAAUUGUAAAAUAUACACAUGCUAAGUGAAAAUUUCAUUGGCAGUGACAUUUUUAUGUAUUCUUAAUGAGUAAAGAUUUGUUCCAAUAUUACAAAAUGGUUCUGUUUUUA